CUGGGCUUUGACUGAUCCUGUUAGAAAUAACGGGCUAAGGACAGCCAUAGCUUUCUCGUUCUCUGAAAUUUUGGUGUGCGAGAUGGCUAGGAGCAGAAGAAGAGUGGCAUUGAGUUUCCUUUUUUCCUUCAAGGGAUUAGCCUCUACCAUUGCAGUUGUGGGCUGCUUCUUCUUCACCUGCUCCUUCCUUCUCAACGUUCAUGUUGGUUCUUCCAGUCCCACUGACCAUGAAGUUUUAGGUUUGAAACAAUAUGAACGUAAUGACGGGAGACAUCCACUUUCUCUCACAUCAAACGCUCUCAAGGCCCAGUUGAAGGAAACUGUGCGGUCAAUGGUUGACUACCAAGGCUUGUUGCUUAUGCAUGGUUCCAUAGCUCGGAAACUAAAACUUGAGAACUCUAAGCUUGUUAGGAAUUUUGCUGAGAUUUCGAUAAACUUCACAGAUCUCAUAAAAAAGGCUUCUCACUGUGAUGUUUCGGAUUCCAAUACAGCAUUGGUGCACCGAUUUCUAAAGGAGGCGAAAGAGAGAGUUAAAUUUGCUAAGCAAUUGAUCUCUAAAUCAAAAGGGUCUUUUGAUAGUCAACUCAAGAUUCAAAAACUGAAAGACACAAUUUUUGGUUUGGAGGAACAGAUGACAAAAAUGAAAACUAAAGGUCAGUUCGCGAAAUCAAUUGCUGCAAAAGCAAUCCCAAGAAACUUGCAUUGCCUUGCAUUGCGGUUAAUGCAAGAGAGGAUUGAGAAUCCUAUUCGUUACAUCAACAGACAGACGAAGUCACGGCAGCCACGGCAAGAGUUUGAAGAUCCAAAUCUUUACCAUUAUGCUAUAUUUUCAGAUAAUGUUCUUGCAGCUUCAGUGGUGGUGAAUUCAUUGGUGCAAAACGCAAAGGAGCCAUGGAAACAUGUUUUACAUAUUGUGACAGAGAGGACAACUCUUGCAGCAAUGGAAGUGAUGUUCAAGUUGAAAGACCACAAUGGGACGCACAUUGAAGUGAAAGCAGUUGAAGAUUACAAAUUCCUGAACUCAUCUUAUGUGCCAGUGCUUCGACAACAGGAAUCUGCAGAGUUGCUGGGAUAUUAUUAUGGGAAUGGACUCGAAAACUCGACAACCGACUCUAGCAACUUAAAGUUCAGGAACCCCAAGUAUUUAUCUAUGCUGAACCAUUUGAGGUUUUAUUUGCCAGAAAUGUAUCCAAAAUUGCUCAAGAUUUUAUUUUUAGAUGAUGAUGUAGUGGUUCAAAAGGACUUGACAGGGUUGUGGGAGAUUGACAUGGAUGGGAAAGUGAAUGGAGCGGUCGAGACAUGUUUUGGGUCAUUCCAUCGAUAUGAUAAAUACUUGAAGUUUGAUCAUCCUUUGAUUAAGGAGACGUUCGAUCCCAAGGCAUGUGCAUGGGCUUAUGGAAUGAACAUUUUUGAUUUAGAUGCCUGGAGAAGAGACAACUGCACUGAAAAGUAUCAUUAUUGGCAAGAGUUGAAUGGGAAUCGAACUUUGUGGAGGUUGGGGACACUGCCACCUGGUUUAAUCACAUUUUAUUCCACAACAAAGCCACUAGACAAGUCAUGGCAUGUUCUAGGGCUAGGCUAUAACCCAGGACUUAGCGAGGAGAAGAUUCAAAAUGCUGCAGUUAUUCACUACAAUGGAGAUUCAAAACCUUGGCUUGCCACCGCCAUUCCUAGGUACCAACCGCUUUGGACGAAGUAUGUCGACUAUGAUCUGGAGUUUUUCCGAGCCUGCAACUUUGCCCCCUAAUCAAAUGGCCAUAUCUUAAGCCUCGAUUGGUGUAAACAAGUAAUUGUUUGUUAUUUCUACUUUAUUUUGAAAGUAUAGGAAUAUUAAGCAUGUUGGAACUAAAUUAUUGGUUAGAUUGUUGGAUCUACCCAAGUUUUCAUUCGUCUUGCUUCUCAUCCUCUAUAUUCAUAAUAUAUUAGCUUCCUCAUUGUUCGUUGACAAGAAAAGAAAAGGAAACCAUGCAUUCUAAGCAUAAUAGAGAUUCAUUUAUGAACGUUUGGAAUGAUUUGGUAGUGGUGUAGUCCUAGAAACACAAGCAAAAGUUACCGGUAGGGUAGGGAGGGUCUGGUUGGCUUGAGGGAAUGGGCAAGCAGAAAGUGUAUUAGUGAAUCAAGCACAAUGUAAAGAGAUAUGUCAUUUUGAUUCCGCCAGCUAGGAAAAAUUCAUACUUUGGAAUGUUACAAUUAGAAAGCAAUAAAGACAAGGCAAAAUUUUAUAACUUCACAUCAACCUUUGUCGCUUGUAAAGUGGGACUUGAGAGUUUGUUUUGGCUGAUGAAGUUAUAAUCCUUGCAUUGCUCCAUCCCGAGCAUGAAGGAGCUCCUGUAGAAUUUGACGUGAACUGUAAUAAAUGAUUCAUUCUAUUUGAUGGUGACGAAUUUGAAGCCCUCAAAACAGAAGAAAUUGGAUUUGCAUAUGGCUUCUGAUGAACAUACGCAUCUUUGUUAGAAUUUGGUAAAAUACUAAGAGGUGUUUUAAGGGGAGGAGGAUUUCGCCACUGAGGAAGUUGUCCUGUUAUGAGAAGUGAUUGGAGCAGGGGCCCGGCAUCCAUCACGGCUUGCAAGAGUUUUCCCUUCUGAGGCAGAACCUUUCCCUGAGCAAGAUAAUCAAUCACUGCAAUGCCCCUGUCAUUCUCAACAUUGUUACCUCCUGAAGAGACUAAACCCGUGAAUUUUGUCCAAUUUUGCUGUUCUUGAACAAAAGGCUGAUUCAAUAACCCCAUUUUGCUCGAUCCUGCCAUGUUCUUGUUUGGGAAAUCAGGAGAUGAACCAGCAUCAAAGAAUGAAUCCACAGAAGAUGAACAGUGUGACAGUCGAUUGAAUGUUUCAGAAUUGGAUUCUGAUAUGCUAAGGUUUGCUUUCGGAGUCGUGUUUAAGACGGGGCUUUCAGGUAGGACUCGAGAAAGAAUCUGACCAGGUGAUGUAGAAGACAUCGACUGGUAAAUCAAUGUCUGUAGCUGAUCUCUUGCUCCAUCUCUUUCUUUGUAAGCAUUUGCUAAGAGAUUGAGCAAAUGCUGCACAGUAUCCUUCUGUUCUCUCAGCGUCACAUUCGCCUUCAUUUUCAUUUUCUGCA